ACAUGGGAAGACAGAUAUAAAUAGAACCUUGAUCUUCAACCACUAAACAACUCAGUUACCUCUAGAAAGCAAGCCUGAUCAGCCACGAUGAAUCCAUCAACUAGUUCAUCCUUCUACAUGCUAUCUUGCCUCGUUGUGUUAGUGCUUCUUCCUUUGCCAUCCCUCUUGGCUGACCCUGACUCAUUACAGGACUUCUGCGUCGCUGAUUUGAGUGCCUCUACGUCAGUUAAUGGCUUUCUUUGCAAACCUGCAUCAAAUGUAAGUUCAGAUGAUUUUUUCUUUGAUGGAUUGAGCAAAGAGGGAAACACAACAAACAUCUUUGGCUCGAAUGUCACCGCUGCUAAUGUCCUUACAUUUCCUGGGCUUAACACUCUUGGGAGUUCAAUCAACCGAGUGGACUUUGCCAUUGGAGGAGUUAAUCCACCCCACUCUCACCCUCGUUCAACUGAGACUGAUCUGGUCAUUUCAGGGCAGGUACUUGUCGGGUUUGUGACAACUGGGAACGUGUAUUUCUCAAAAGUUUUGACUACUGGGCAGAUCUUUGUCAUUCCUAAGGGACUCGUACACUUCCAAAGGAAUGUUGGACCAGGGAAGGCCCUUAUCUUCACCACUUUCAACAGCCAAUUGCCAGGGGCUGCCGUCGUGCCAUUAAAUCUCUUUGCUUCAACACCAUCGAUUCCUAACGACGUGUUGACUAAGACCUUCCAAGUAGGAGAUGAUGUUGUCAAUUCCAUUAAAUCCAAGUUCGGUUCUUAAGCUUAUGAGGCCUUCCAGAUAGCCUCCCCUGCAUUGAUUUGAAGAUUGUGCCUCAAUUUUCUCAUUCUGUUAUUCUGGUUAUCUAUCUGUGUUGUUAUGGUUAUUCACUUAUUCUUGAAUUAUACAAUAAAGGUGAUGUUUUAGUUUUAUUUAGAUCUUAUUCUUGAAAUAUACAAUGGGCUUGGCCCAAAGUCAAGUUAUGCUUUGUUAGUGUUUAUUUAAAUGCUCUUUUGUACUCCUACGGAGAUAUUUUAUAAUGAUCAAUAAAUAAAGUUUGUUUCUUUUGA